CAAUUUGGUCAGCACAUGAUUUGUACUUCCUGAAGCCUGCCUGUUCCGGUCGCAGUUUUGAAUCCAGUGCGUCUUUAAGCCUCUCCAGGAUGAUGCGGCUUAAUAUUUUACUUGGGGUGGACAGGAGAGUGAUUCCGCGCCAGUUCUUGCAAGCACUGAGGUCUCCCUUCUUCGGCAGUUUGACAAGGUAACCCUUCUUCCAAUCGUCCGGUACCUUCUCUUCCUUCCACACCUUCUGCAAUAGUGGUGUGAGCAUGUCCGCUGUUGUCUCUGCAUCUGUUCUCAGUGCUUCUGGUGGGAUUCCAUCUGGUCCUGCUGCUUUCCCGCAUUUCAGUAGCUUUAUGGCGUUCAGGACUUCCAUUUUCGUUGGGGGAUUUAUGUUCACUUGUAAUUCAGCGGCUGCAGGUGGUAUUUCUGGACGAAGUGCAGGUGGUGGUCGAUUCAAGAGCUUCUUGAAGUGGUCGGCCCAUCGUUUCCUCUGUUUCUCUUCUUUUGUAAUUAAAUUUCCUUCUUCAUCUUUUAUUGGUUUCAUCUGUGUUGGUCUCUUCCCUGAUAGCAACCUGGUUAUUUGAUACAAUGUCGUCAGGUCUCUCUUACCUGCAGCCUGUUCUGCUUCACUUGCCAGUGUUUCGUAGAAGUGUCUUUUGUCUUUGCGUGCACUCUUCUUCACUUCUUUGUCCAGUGUUUUAUACAUUGUGCUCAGUUCCUCUUGUCGUUGAGCAUCCUUG